AUGGUCGCUGCUCACCCGAUCAAGAGAAUGUCCUGCGGGGAAGGCGUGUCCUUCGAAGCUCACCCGUAUGCGUUUCGCUUCAAUCCGUCGACGACGGCACUCGUCAUAAUCGACAUGCAACGCGAUUUCUUAUUGAAGGAUGGUUUUGGCUACAUUCAGGCAGGUGAUGCCGGUAUCGAAAAGGUGCAAGCCACCAUCCAGCCCACUUUAGCUGUGCUACGCAUGUUCCGCGAACGUGGGAUGCAUGUCAUUCACACGCGUGAAGGUCACAGGCCGGAUCUUCGUGAUCUACCAGCGCCCAAGUUGCUGAGACAGGCUCGUGCUCCCAACACUCGCCAUUCUAUGGUCAUUGGCGACGUUGGCCCCAUGGGGAGGCUUCUUACCCGGGGAGAAUACGGUCAUGACAUUAUUGACGAGCUACAACCACUUUCUGGAGAGUGCGUGGUGGACAAGCCCGGAAAGGGUAGUUUCUUUUCCACUAUAUUGCACGAGCAUCUGGUUGACCGAGGGAUCACACAUUUGAUUGUAGUCGGUGUCACAGUCGAGUGCUGUGUUACAACUACCGUUCGGGAGGCCAAUGAUCGUGGAUUUGAAGCGUGUAUUCUCAGUGACUGUACGGACGGAUUUGUGUCGAGUUUUAAGUCGGCCUCACUUGACAUGAUCCAUUUUUCUGAAGGACUAUUUGGAUUCGUUAGCGAAUCCCAACCGCUUCUCGCCGCCUUGUCUACGCUUCCCGCUCCUCGCAAAGCUGCGCCUGACUGGGACGGUUCCAUGGGUAUAGAAGCCCUAAAAAAUGCGUAUUCUACUGGGUUAUCACCAAGUACGGUUAUCAACCAUGUUCUGGACAAGAUUAAUGCGGAUAAAGUGCAACAUCCGUCGGUUUGGAUCAGCCUGUCUUCGGCCGAGUAUCUUCUAAACAGAGCAACAUGGCUCGAACAAUCGGCGGAUAGAAACUUGCCUUUGUUUGGCGUACCCUUUGCCGUCAAGGAUAACAUUGAUGUUUCCGGACUUCCUACGACGGCAGCAUGUCCAUCUUUUGAAUAUAUCCCCAAAGUAUCCGCUCAUGUUGUCAAACAACUAGAAGACGCGGGGGCAAUCGUGGUCGGUAAGACAAAUUUGGACCAGUUUGCCACAGGACUUGUUGGCACUAGAUCGCCAUAUGGCGCCUGUCAUUGUGUUUUUGACUCCACUCGUGUGUCCGGUGGCUCAAGCUCGGGAUCUGCCGUAGCCGUCGCUCUGGGCCAGGUAUCAUUUGCCCUAGGGACAGAUACAGCGGGCUCCGGUCGUAUUCCAGCAGCAUUUAAUGGCAUUGUCGGGCUGAAACCGACCAAAGGUACGGUGUCUACAGCAGGCGUGAUACCCGCUUGUAGGACCCUCGAUUGCGUUUCAUUCUUCGCUGGUACAAUUUCCGAUGCAAGAAGUGUAUGGCUUGCAUCCAAAGGACGAGACUCCAAAGAUCCGUAUUCACGAAGCUCCCCAUCUUUGGCAUCUCUAAGUAGCAGGUCCCUACUACACGAAGAGUCUCCCUAUACCGUUUCUUUUCCUCCUGAAGAUCUAUUAAAGACUACAAUAUCUCCCCCUUAUCAAGAUCAAUUUGCAAAAAUUGUUUCAUUGGUUCGCAAUCUUGCUUAUUCCGAAGAAGUUGUCUUCGACUGGUCAUCAUAUCUCUCCGCCUCUGACCUAGUAUACAAAGGUGCCUUUGUUGCCGAGAGGGCCGCGUUUUUACAAGAUGCCCUAAAAAGCAAACAAAAAAUAACAUUGCACCCAGUGACACAAAAAGUCCUGAACUCGGCCAACUCCAUAUCUGCAUCCGACGCAUUCUGCGAUAUUUAUGAAGCCCAGCGACUGUCCAAACUCAUGGAAGCCGAGUUCGACAAGUGCGAUAUUCUCAUCGUACCCACUGCGCCAAACCACCCAACAAUUGCAGGAGUAGAGCAAGACCCGAUUGGGCCCAAUCUCAAGCUGGGUAUUUUUGCAAGCGCGGUCAAUGUUCUCGACUUGGCUGCGAUUGCUAUCCCUGCUGGUCGUGUUGAGGGCCUACCCUUUGGUAUAUCCGUGAUUGGGCCUGCUUUUAGGGAAGGGUUCAUUAUCACUAUUGCUCAGAGGAUUCAAACUCGUUUGGAACAUUUUGUACUAUAA